CAAUAGCCAUGAACCUUAAGGCCCUUUCCAAUUAACGUAACUACCAUCUAUAAAAGCUCUCAAAACCCUAGCUUCAUUUUCGCUCUCUUCCUCUCUCGGUCGCGGCGUAGUUCAGAGCUCCGUUUCUCGAGUCGCCAUGGGGAUCGAUCUGAUUGCAGGAGGUAAGAGCAAGAAGACCAAGCGUACGGCCCCGAAGUCCGAUGAUAUCUACCUCAAGCUUCUCGUCAAGCUUUACCGUUUCCUUGUCCGGAGAACCGGUAGCAAGUUCAACGCAAUGAUCCUGAAGCGCCUCUUCAUGAGCAAGGUCAACAAGGCCCCGCUAUCUCUCUCCAGGUUGAUUCGGUUCAUGAAAGGAAAGGAGGAUAAGGUAGCAGUAGUGGUGGGGACAGUGACUGAUGAUGUCAGGGUUUAUGAAGUGCCCACAUUGAAGGUUACAGCUCUGAGGUUCACAGAAAAAGCAAGAGCCAGGAUCGAGAAGGCCGGUGGAGAGUGCUUGACUUUUGAUAAGCUUGCUUUGAAGGCUCCCUUGGGCCAGAAUACUAUUCUACUCAGAGGUCCCAAGAAUGCUCGCGAAGCAGUGAAGCACUUUGGUCCAGCUCCUGGUGUGCCACACAGCCAUACCAAGCCUUAUGUGCGGGCUAAGGGAAGAAAGUUUGAGAGGGCUAGAGGAAGGAGGAACAGCAGGGGAUUUAGGGUGUGAGUUUGUUAUACUACUUGAAGAAGUGUUUUUUUUUCUGACUGUUGCAAUCCCAGUUUUGCUAUCCAAAUUUGGGUAGACUUAUAGGUACAUGUGUCUGUUGCUUGUGAUUGUUUCUUGGUGAUUCAACCAUCACGUACUUGCAUUGUUCGCUGCAUUUUCAUUUAAGAAGCAGCACUUUCUUUUUAUUAAAUUGUCCAUCUUCUUAGUUCUCACAUAUA